UGCAAAAAAAAAAGAAGCCUGCUUGUCUCAUCGCGCAGGCGCAAUAGAUAAUUCUGCAGCAGAGGAAACAUGGCGGCGUCCCUGAUCUGUAGCCGCUUGACGGCCAGCCUGAGAAACUCCGGGGCCAAGACCACUAUUACCUCCGCUUCAAAGGUUCUCGGUGGCUCCUCGGGUCUUCUGGGUUGCCAUGGCAGCCAGCAGCAGCAGCAAAAGAGGGGUCUGUCUCUGCAUGAGUACAUGAGCCUUGGCCUGCUGAAGGAGGCAGGGAUCGCCGUCCCUGAUGGCAUGGUGGCCAGCUCCUCUGAGGAGGCCUACUCCAUUGCCAAACAGAUCGACUCCAAGGAUCUGGUGGUGAAAGCCCAGGUGCUGGCCGGAGGCCGAGGGAAGGGGACGUUUGAGGGUGGGCUGAAAGGAGGCGUGAAGAUCGUCUACUCACCAGAGGAGGCGCGUGACAUCUCCUCUCAGAUGAUUGGUCGGAAGCUGUACACCAAGCAGACAGGGGAGGCGGGGCGUAUCUGUAACCAGGUGUUCAUCUGUGAGCGCAGGUAUCCUCGCAGGGAGUACUACUUCGCCAUCACCAUGGAUAGGUCUUUCAAGGGCCCUGUGCUGAUUGGCAGCUCCCAGGGUGGCGUGAACAUCGAGGAUGUUGCGGCGGAGAACCCCGACGCCAUCAUCAAGGAGCCUAUCGACAUCGUAGAGGGCAUCAAGAUGGAGCAGGCCGUUUCGAUAGCUGAGAAGAUGGGGUUCCCGCAGCCGCUGGUGAAGGAAGCAGCAGAGAACAUGAUCAAACUGUACAACGUCUUCAUGAAGUACGACGCAUCCAUGCUGGAGAUCAACCCAAUGGUGGAGGACGCCUCGGGCAUCGUGAUGUGCAUGGACGCCAAAAUCAACUUUGACUCCAACGCGGCGUAUCGCCAGAAGAGGGUGUUUGACAUGCAGGACUGGACCCAGGAGGACCCUAGGGACCGGCAGGCGGCCAAGGCAGACCUCAACUACAUCGGCCUGGACGGCACCAUCGGCUGCCUGGUCAACGGAGCUGGUCUGGCGAUGGCGACCAUGGACAUCAUCAAGCUGCACGGUGGAACGCCCGCCAACUUCCUGGACGUGGGGGGUGGAGCCACGGCUCACCAGGUGACGGAGGCGUUCAAGCUCAUCACCUCCGACAGGAAGGUCCAGGCCAUCAUGGUCAACAUCUUUGGGGGCAUCAUGAGGUGUGAUGUCAUCGCUCAGGGCAUCAUCAUGGCGGUCACGGAUCUGGACCUCAAGAUCCCUAUCGUUGUCCGGUUACAAGGGACCAGGGUGGACGACGCUAAAGCUCUGAUUGCCGCCAGUCCUCUGAAGAUCCUCGCCUGUGACGACCUUGACGAAGCUGCCAAGAUGGUGGUGAAGCUCUCUGAGAUCAUCUCGCUGGCCAAGGAAGCCCAAGUGGACAUCACCUUCCAGCUGCCUAUCUAAACCUCCCUGUACCCCAACCCCCAACCCCUCUACUGUCAGCUGUUCCCAUCACACACGUACCCAAGCCACGUACACUAGGUCAACACAUCGUACAGCUAUGGUCAAAGCUCUCCAUCGCUCGCUCUCACAUCACUCUCUCUCUCUUUCUCCUUCCCUCUCUUUCUCCCUCCCUCUCUUUCUCCCACCGCUGGUAUGGUGACAUCACACAGUCUCAGGUUGUACUCCGAGGUCAUUCAGAGGUAAACUAUUUGAUAUCUAUUUUCUAGGUCAGGUUGGUCCCCAUCCCCCUUCUCGUGACCUUUUACAUACUAACUUAAAGCACACAACAACCCACUCACUCCUAUUUCCCUCAGAUAUUUGAGACUGACUUUCAAAGCUAUCUCUAUCCCAACUCCUCAAACUGCAAAAGAGUUUGGCUAAACUGAGCUAUGAGUGCAUUCGUGAUGCUGGUUGUUACUGCCAUGACAGGAAAUUCCUUCCUUUGGUUAUAGUCUUUAGGCAUCCCUAAUUGUAGUUCUUAGGCAGCUUUGGUUGUAUAUUUCUGGGAUCUUUAGUUUUAGUCCUAACUAAGUGUCUUUGACUAUUCAGCAGAACAUACGAAUGUCGUACCAUCGGUCUGUCAAUGUGGUUAUCUGAGCCCUAGACUAGGCUCUUCCUGUACCCCUAUUACUCAGAAGCUAGCUCAUGUUCCUCUAUUAGCGUUUCUCUAAAUCCUAUCUCUUAUUAGCCUGACGAUAACUCCUGUAGCUCCUCCAUUAGCUCCUGAUCCUCCACGACCAGCCUGAAGCUAGCACGGACACACUGAGGUGACGCAUGGUGAUGGACCUCACCUCUUUGUCUCUUUUCAUUAUUCAGUGGUCCUAUUUUUGAGCUUAACUCCUUCAAGCGAGCUACCCCUCUACACUCCAAGAGACAGGCACACACUCUAAAGGCUAAAGGGACUAGGUAUUAGCAAGCUAUUACGCCACCGUCUUUCAACUAAUUUCUCCCUUUUAGGAUAUCCUAAUCCGUUCACAGCACGAUUCUUUAGGACCUGCAGCGGCUAUUAAACCCGAUGUAAAACAGAGUUGAUGCCAGAUAGGGUAAACUUCACCUCAACGGUUGUAGACGCCAACAUGCAGCAAACAUAGAUUUGUUCUGUGUUUGCUAACGUAUGCUAGAUGUAUGUUGGCAAAUGCUAGCUAGCCGUGUGAAGGCUAUUUCGGGCUAGUUGUGUGUUUGCUUACGCAACAUAGCGCUGUGUUGCUUAGCUGUGUGUUGUUUAAGGCUAGGUGGCUGUGUGUUGACUAAUGCCAGAUAGUUGGUUGUUGGCUAAUGCAAGCUAUGUUCUGAUUUAUGUUCUGAAAACCCUAGUAAUGUCAAAUUAAAUAACAUUUAGGUUCUUGGUUCAGCACUGAUAAGGUAUUAAUGCGGUUAGUACAUCAUACUAGUAUUCCUGCAGUAUAACUGCAUUUGGCCAGACUGGUCUAAGACGACAACUGUUUGUGUUGUGUCAUCGUACUACACAUCAUAGCAAUCCCUCAAACAACCUUAUGAAAUCUCACUGACUGGUGUCCAAAUCAGAACUGUACAUCUUUUCUCUUCUCUCUCUCCUCCCUCCUCCCUCCCUUUCACAACAAGGUGUAAUUGAGCUGUCGGUCGUUUAAUGUAUCUUGUAAAUAACCAAACGGAUGCUCUCUCUUUCUAACGUAUUUAUGGUCCUCUGCCGGGGUACCGCAGAAUGAAAAUACAAAGAAUAAAAUGCUGGUAUGCCACGUU